AUGGAGAUUACUGAUUUUGGAUUAUCUAAAGAGUACGGACAACUUGACUGGAGCUACUAUCCCACGUUAGACGAAAUCUACAAUUGGUUAGAUCUAAUUAUUAAAAAAUUGCCCAAAGUAGUUACCGGUUUUAAUAUCGGAACUUCAUAUGAAGGACGUCUAAUAAGGGGCGUAAAACUCUGCUUCAAAUCCAACCAAAAAGCAAUUUUUAUUGAAUCCAACAUUCAUGCAAGAGAAUGGAUAACAUCAGCUGCCUGUACUUAUUUAAUUCUUGAAUUAUUGUUUUCCAGAGAUCCUGACGUGCGUCAAAUGGCUAACAGACUUGACUGGUGGAUAGUACCGGUAUUAAAUGUUGAUGGAUUCGUUUAUUCACAUGAAAAGGAGCGAUUGUGGCGUAAGUCCAGAAGAUACGUAAACCCGAAUUGCAUGGGCGUCGAUUUAAAUCGUAAUUUCGAAUAUCAAUGGGGACGUAAGUUAUGUAUUAUUUUAACAUUUGAAAUAUAUUUCAAAUAAUGAUAACUUAUUACAGGCAUAAAACAUGAUCCUUGCUCAAACCAAUACGGUGGCAGUCAUCCUCUCUCUGAACCCGAAACUGAACAUUUAACCAAAUUUAUUAACAGUAAUAUUGCAGAAGGUACAAUUAAGAUUUAUAUAGCGUUACAUGCAGCUGCACAAGCAGUCCUUUUGCCUUGGUGUCAUACGAAAGAACUGCCUCCAGAUUACAAGCGACUGAUGUAUGUGGCCAAAGCUUUCGUUGAUGCUGCCUAUGUCCGAUUUUGCACUAAAUACAGAUACGGAACAAGUGCAAAUAUUUUAAGUAUGACAUAUAAGUACUGCGGCACAAGUAAAGAUUGGGCUUAUGCAGUGAAGGCAAUACCAAUGGCCUUCACGAUUGAAUUACCGGGUAGAGGUAGAAAGUCACCUUUUGAAUUACCAAAAAAAGCGAUUUUACGCGUUGGCUUAGAACUUGUGGAUGGGCUUAUUGGUAUGAUUGACGCUAUUAAAGCACUUGAAAUAAUUUAA